AUGGCAGAUGGUACCUACAGGUUCCAGCAGCCUGGGGCCGGGCAGUUCUUCUUCCAAACACAAGCGCAACAACACUCUCAUCAACGUCACCUCGCACGGAACGGGACCAACUCCCCGACUGGACGACUAAAAUUCAGUCACGAAACCCCUUCUCCCUCCCGCUCUCCUCCGCUCAGCCAAGGAACGGCGCUCAAUCCUUUUACAAUGUAUAGCCAAACCCACCAAGGGCAGCAUGUCAUGAUCAAUGGCGCACAGACCCACCAACGCUUUGGCAUGCAAAUGCCGAAGUUCCAGUCGCAGAGCCACCAUCCGCAUCCUGCUCAGCAACCCCACCACCAUGCACAUCAUAAUCAAGCUUCUCACAACAUAAGUCAUCAACAUAACUUUUCCAGCGGGGCAUUGGCCGCUGCUACUCCGCACUUCACUCCGGGCCCCCUCCAGAACGGAGCUCAUGUCAAUGUUGAGGAGGAUCUCGAUGAAUCAAUGAAUGAACAUUGGCAGCAACAGCUGCAACUAGCGGCGGAGUCGCGACAGGCCAAUUCACCCCAUUACUAUGCCCGGACCGUUGCUCAGCAGACUAAAGGCAUCCAGAUUGCGCCUAGCCAGCCCGAAUCUCAGGAGAACGGGGUUGACGAGAGGAACGGUGUCGUCAAGUCGAAAGCUUCUUCGCGGCAAGGUUGGCAUGCUCUUGAUUUCGGGGGACAAGGCUUGCGGGCUCUGUCCACGUCCUUGUUCCAUUACACCUUUCUCGAGAAAUUGUAUCUGAACCACAACAAGCUCAAAACACUUCCUCCGGCCAUUGGACAAUUGCGGAAGUUAACCCACUUGGAUUUAUCGAGCAACGAUCUCACAGAGCUUCCCGAGGAGAUCGGUAUGCUCACAAGCUUGAAACAACUGCUGCUCUUUGACAACAAUAUCCGCACGCUUCCUUACGAAAUGGGCUACUUGUACAGGCUGGAGAUGCUCGGUAUAGAAGGAAACCCGUUGAACGACGUCCUGAAGUCUCAGAUCAUCAAGGAGGGUACGAGAGCACUCAUUAAGUAUCUCAGGGAAGAAAUGCCAGUUCAACUUCCACCCCCCGAUCGAGACUGGGUUAUCCUGGACGAGACCGCAAAUUCCCGCAACGCUCCCACGGAAAAGGUCACGGUUCUCUCCCACAACGCUCUCUGCGAAUCGUCUGCCACGGCAUCCCACUUCGGUUACACUCCUUCGCGUGCGCUUUCGUGGGAGUAUAGACGAGAGCUUAUCCUAAGCGAGCUGAGAUCUCACGACUCGGACAUUGUUUGUCUCCAGGAAGUCGACCAGGGAAGCUACAAUGGAUUCUUCAGAGAGCAGCUGGCCUAUAACAACUACAAGGGUGUAUAUUGGCCUCGAGGAAGAGCCAUGGGCAUGCAAGAGGAGGACGCCAAGAACGUCGAUGGUUGCGCCACCUUCUUCAAGGACAGCAAGUUUAUUCUUCUGGACAAGCAACUGAUUAACUUCGGUCAGACGGCCGUACGGAGACCAGACGCCAAGGGCCAGGAUGAUAUCUACAACCGCCUCUGGCAGAAAGACCACAUCGCGGUGGUCGUAUUCCUGGAGAACCGGUUGACAGGAUCGCGCUUCAUCGUUGUCAAUGCUCAUCUCUACUGGGACCCGGCCUUCAAGGAUGUCAAGUUGAUUCAAACAGCCAUUUUGAUGGAAGAGAUUACCAAGCUCUCGGACAAAUACGCCAAGUGGCCUGCCUGUACGGAGAAGACGGCCUUCCGCUUUGCCGAUGCAGAAGGCAAUGAAACGGAAAGCCCACCGGAAUGCGCGCCGUCCAUGGAGUAUAGCAGUGGCGACCAGAUUCCGCUUUUCAUGUGCGGAGACUUCAACUCUGCGCCGGGGUCUGCAGCCUACAAUUUGGUGGCCAAUGGCCGGCUUACAGAGGCGCAUCCGGAUCUGGAGAAGCGACUGUACGGCAACCUGAGCCGGGUCGGUAUGACACAUCCGUUCAAGCUGAAGUCCGCGUACAAUGCGAUUGGCGAGCUCAGUUUCACCAACUACACGCCGGAUUUCAAGGACAUCCUGGAUUACAUUUGGUUCUCCUCGAAUACACUUCACGUGUCGGCGUUACUCGGGGAGGUGGACAAGGAGUAUCUCCAGAAAGUGCCCGGAUUUCCCAACUUCCAUUUUCCAAGUGAUCAUAUCGCAUUGUUUGCGGAGUUUACCAUUAAAGGGAAAAAGGGCAAGGUUGUGGAGGCUGAUUUUGGACCGCAACGGAAUUGA